CCCUCCCAGGGGCGGUGUCGGCGCUGUCCCGCGCCAGCCGCACCGACCCGGAACUGCAGGCGGCGGCGGCGGCGGCUCCGCGGCGGUGCCGGAGUUGCUGUGGAGCCAGAGUGGGAGCAGGAGGUCCAGGACCAUGCCGCCUCCCAAAGAUGUUGUGAAAAUUGCGAUCCAGAUGAUGGGGGCAAUUCCACAGCUCAUUGACCUGAACCAGACCAAGCCAUUGUCUUACGUUCUGAAGGAAGUUUGUGAUACGUGGAACCUGAAUAACCCUGAGCAUUAUGCCCUGCAGUAUGUGGAUGGGCAGCAGACAUACAUCACUGAGUCAAACCGUGGGGAGAUUAAGAAUGGAAGCAUUCUGCGGCUGACCACUUCUCCGGAUCAAGAGGCAGAGAGGUUGUACAGUGGGAUCCAAAGUAACAACCUGGAUGUGAAAUCAGACUCCUUGAAAAAGCUGGCAAACCUCUCCCAAGAUGUCACCUUUGCUCAGGAGUUCAUCAAUAGGAAUGGCCUGAAGCAGCUCUUCCAUAUUGUGGAAGAGGGGAACAAUACAGGGGAGAUUCUAGCUUAUACCUUGAAGGCCUUCAUGGAGCUGAUGGAGCAUGAUUUUGUUUCCUGGGAGACCCUAAGCCCAGCCUUCAUCAAAAAGAUAGUGAGUUAUGUCAAUAUGAAUGCAAUGGACGCCUCUGUCCAGCAGCUCUCAUUGUCCAUCUUGGAGAAUAUGGUGCCCAGCAGCCGGCUUCUGUUUGAUGUGGUCAAAAAAGAAGUGACCCUGGAUCGUCUACUCACCCACCUGCAGGUGACAAACCAGCAGCUGCAGCUCAAAGCCAUGGCUCUGCUCAUCGCCAUGCUGCUGAAUGCAAAUGACGCAGAACGGAGGGACAUGAUGGAUCAUCUUGGGGAGAGGAACAUCCGGCAGUUUAUUCACAAGAACAUUAUCCACAGCUCAGAGCCAAUGGGGGAUGAGAUGGCCCAUUACCUCUAUGUGCUGCAGUCUGUCAGCCUCAACCUGCUGGAGCGGCGGAUGAGGACCCCCAUGGACCCCUACUCACAGGAACAACGGGAACUUCUCCAGUCAUUGCGUCAAGCUGCCUUUGAGUCAGAAAAUGAAGCCUCAGCCAGCAGCUUCAGCACAGAGCGCCGGCGCUCACUGUGUGCCAAGGAGUUUCGGAAGCUGGGCUUCAUGAACAACAGUAACCCAGCACAGGACCUGUAUCGUGCCCCACCAGGAUUGCUUGCCCUGGACAACAUGAUCUACUUCUCCAGGAACUCCCCCAGUGCCUACAGCAGAUUUGUCCUGGAGAACAGCAGCCGUGAAGACAAACAUGAGUGCCCUUUUGCUCGGAGCAGCAUCCAGCUCACCCUGAUCCUCUGUGAGAUCCUGCACGUUGGGGAGCCGUGCUCAGAAACAGCACAGGCCUUCUAUCCUAUGUUCUUUGGGCAGUACCACUUCUUCGAGGAGCUCUUCUGUGUCUGCAUCCAGCUAGUGAACAAGACCUGGAAGGAGAUGCGUGCCACGCAGGAGGACUUUGACAAGGUGCUGCAGGUGGUGCGAGAGCAGAUCACCAGGACCCUGUCCAUCAAACCUACCUCCCUUGAGCUCUUCAAGACCAAAGUGAAUGGGCUCAACUAUAGUGAGAUCCUGAAGCUGCGGCAGACAGAGAGGAUGCAUCAGGAGGAGACACUGGCUGUGCCGGUGCUGGAGCUGAGAGAGAAGCUGAAGCCUGAGCUCCUGGAGCUGAUCCGACAGCAGAGGCUCCUGCAUCUCUGUGAGGGCACGCUCUUCCGCAAGAUCAGCAGCCGCCGCAGACAGGAUAAGCUCUGGUACUGCCGCCUGUCCCCCAACCACAAGGUGCUGCACUAUGGAGAUGUGGAGGAAGGGGUGCAGUGCCCACCUAUCGAAAGCCUACAGGAAAAGAUGCCUGUGGUGGAUAUGAAGGCGCUGCUUAUUGGGAAGGAGUGCCCACAUGUGAAAGAGAAGAGCUCUGGAAAGCAAAACAAGGAUGUCCUGGAUUUGGCCUUCUCCAUAGUCUAUGAUGUGGAGGAGUAUUACCUGAACUUCGUUGCUCCCACUCGCUAUGAGUUUUGCCUCUGGACGGAUGGCAUAAAUGUGCUGCUGGGCAAAGAGAUGGCAAGCGAACGAACCCAGAGUGACCUGGACAUCUUGCUGUCAAUGGAGCUCAAGCUGCGCCUCCUCGACCUGGAGAACAUUCCCAUCCCUGAUGAUGCCCCUCCUGUCCCAAAGCCCCCCAGCAAUUUAAACUUCUGCUACAAUUUUAGCCAUGCAGAACAGUAGGGUCCUUCACCUCCUCUCUGUACUCAAACCGGGCCCCUGCACGUUUGCUCCCCAGAGGAGCUAUCUCAGCUUGCAGGAAGUGGCCCAGGCUGAUGACUGUUGUAGCUGAACUUGUUUUCCUAAGGGGAACUGUGGGAUGAUCCUGUCUUUCUAACUGUCCAGCUCCACAGAGCAGCUGAAAGCAUCUGCAGGAGUCUUGUAGGAGGGCAUCACCUGCAUGGCUGUCCAUCCUGCUGGGAAGGGGAAAGGCAAAGAGAACCGGGUGUGGGAGAGUGGGGAUGAGUCUGUCCAAUCCAUGCCAGAAUCCCCUACCUCCUAUGCUGCAGCUGAUCCCUCUUCCUAUCUACUCUUCUCAGUUGAUUCCUUGCUUCAUCCAGAGCUCACCUGUUUUCCUUGAGGGCAGCCUCCCCAGCUGUCUCUUUGCACUUGAUACUUCUGUGUUCAUACAGCUGUAGUGGCUUUUGGUUCUACCUUGCUCCCUGCCACAUAUGGGUAGGAAAUGACACUACAGAAAGCUGAGCCCCUCUGACUUGGUACUAGCCUCCAGCCAGUCCUCAGCUGCUCCAAAGCUUUGCCUGGUGCAUACAGAGCAUCACCCUGAAGGACUCCUGGGAGGCCAACAGUGCAAGAUCAUAGGAUGUGGCUGUUCGUGAGGGCAGGGACUGAACUCAGUGUCCUAGGAGGUGGCAUCUGAUGACAUAAAAACUGUUGCCUAUGAAAGCUCAUAGUGCAUGCCUCUCAACCCGUUAGCCUCUAUGAUUUCAUCCUGUCCUUCCUUCUGUCAGUCCAGUCCCAGGAUCCUAAGAAAGGUACGUUUCUGCGCUUCUGAACCCAUCCCAGCUGCUUUGUGGGGCACAUAAAUAGAGUGUGAGCCCCCUUUAAAAAAAGAGUCCUGGCAGGGCCUUUGUAGCCUAAAAGAGGUGGGAGAAGGGUAUGUGGAGAAUCUCUGUCCUGGUAGGUGCAGUAGAGCUUCUGUCCCAAGUGGGAUUAGAGCACUACGCAGGGAGAAACUGCUGCUCCUCAGGGCCUCAGGAGGCUGGUGUUAUUAUAUCACAGGAGCAGGUACUGGGUGCUGACCCCAUCUUGCUGCUGAGUCAUUUUCAAUCCUCUCCCCUGCCCUCCCCCUUGCUGUGCUGUUGACUGACAGCUCUAUGGGGUGUUUGAGAACUGCAGAGUUCAUCUAGGCAUGAUGAAAAGCCCUGGGGGGGCAGGGAGGAAGGUGAGGAAGUAACUCUUUGGGCUGAAGCUCAGGCAGCAGGAAUGUUAUGCAGACUCCUGACAGCCAUGGUUGUCUUCCUUCUGUAUAGCUGUGUCUAACAUGAGAGAGAUCAGAAGUUCCUAUUCACAGCUCAGCACUGACCUGCAGCUCUGCUGGCUGGAGGCCAAAUGACAAACACUGUCUGGUAGUCGCACCCUCAGAGAGGCUGCGUUGACCUGAGAGAGCCCACUCCCAAACUGAAGCAGGGUAGGUGCCUUCAGGUGGCUGAAUACUGCUGCUCAGAUUCUGCUAAGUAACCCAGCCCAAAAAUGCACCUGCAGCAUUGCUGGCUGAGCUGUUUGAGAGACAAAGGGUGAAUGGUGUGGACAGGUCCAGAGCAUCCCUUACAGCCACCCACAAACCAGAAUCCACUGCACUGAGCCCUCCGAUCUCUUCCCCACUCUGCAGUGGAACACCUGAAGACUUAUUCCUGGCCCCCCAGUUAUCUUCCUUGCCUUGGUCUAUUUACUGUACUAGGAUCUCAGCACCCUCUGUCUUCUGGUGCUUCUGCUAUUAUUUGGUACCUCCUGGCAGCAGUGCCUUCUUCCUCCCCCUUGUAGUUCUGGCAAUGGGUGUUUUGUAGCAAUAAUAAGGGAAUGGCCAUGUGGAUUCCUCAGCAUUUCUGUGAGUGUUUAUGCACUGUAACUGCACUGAACACAGAGCAGUGGGUGGGAAGGGCUAGGAGUUCUUCACCCCACUGCUGUUUGGACAAUAAAUACCACUUUUAUGAGGAA